UUAAAAGCAAAGACAGAUAUCUAAUCAUAAAAUUAAAAUAUUAAUAUUCAAAAAACCGUGUCUCAAAUCUAUCAGAAAUAUUUGAAUUAUGCGCUUUAAGUUUCAAAUUAUCUAAUAAAAAAUUUUUUUUUCCAGGUCAAGUUUUUAAAUUAUUUACAAAUCAUCGAUUUCUGGUUAAAUUGAUCAAUUAGUAUCGAGGUUUUACAAGUGACCGAAAGUGUCGCCUGUGUGCGGGAGGUUGAGGGGUUAAGAACUGUCAAAAAAAUUAACACAAAUCAAUUCCACAUGAGUAUGACAUCUGUUUAUUGUCAUCAUAUAUUUUUUCAUUAGUUGAUUAAUUUUUCAAUUAUAUUAAAAAUUUAUUUAAAUAAGUUUUAGUGUAAAGUAUUCAAAAAAUAAAAUUUUAAUUUAAAAAUGAAGGGUCUUUUAAUUUUCGAUCAUCUCAACGAUGUAUUGUUUACAAAAUGUAAUAAGAAAUUUACAAAUCAUAUGGAAAAUUUGGCUAAAUUACAAGGACUGAUAACUGAAGAUGUGGGCGAAAAUUCAAAACAAUUAAGUGCAAAUAUACUUAUGCAAUUAUUUUCACCAAUAGUGACGUCUCAACAGAUAAUGACAACACAGUUUGGUAAUUCCUAUACGUCAAUGAAGUGUCAGGAUGGAAUUAAUAUGGCAUUUGAUGAUUUCAUGGGCUACACAUUUAUUUAUGUCGCUACUGAUGAUAUUGAACUGAUGAAAAGAACUAUUGGUGUUUGUAUAUCAAUAGUAGGGCAUAUAUGUGGUCCUGAUGUUGCUGUCUUAAAGUCAAGUAAACAAAAAGCUCUGCUGGUUUCAUCACUUCUGGAUGCUUGGAAAGAUCUACGAGAUGAGGAGCAAAGUUUGCUGACUGAAACUGUCGAACAGCUGAGCGUAAAUACCGAACUGGCGUCAUCAACAUUAAAAAUUUUACAUGACGCCGUUGAUAAACUAAAAGCUCAGUCAGAUUUUCCUAAUGUCCACGUCCUAGUAUUGGUAGAACAUAAAUUUUUAUCAUUAUACUCAAGUAAAAAUGCUCAAGACCUAAACGCUGCUGAUAUUUUACUGAUGGUACUGAUGUGUAAAGCAGUAAGUCCUGAAGAAGAUGAUAAAAAAAAAUUGACAGAAGAAGCUGAUUUAUUAUGGAGUCAAAAUAAUUUAUUAAAUGAAGAAGAACCACUGAGUAUUGAUAGCAAGCUAGCAAAUCCAACAUCAGCAGACAUCAUGCAUUUAUUUAAUGACUCAAGAGAGUCAUCAGUUAAUGAAGGUCUUUGUUCCCUAGCUGAAGACAGUUUGUACAGUCAGCUCGUUCUUCUAGGCUCUGAUCAAUCACGAACAGCAAAUGUUGUUCAUAUAUUUGAAUUAUCUCCUGGUAUUAAUUUAUUGACUAUCAUGGAGAUAACAAACUUAUCAAUAUCAUCCGGACUUUAUGAUAGUUUUCAUUACUUAAAUAUUAUGAAUUCCUUGCAAUCGCAGCGUGACUUUGACGAUUUGAAACCGACAUUUGAUUCCUUUGAUUCGUCAAUUAAAAAAACAGUCGAUGGUAUUAAGAAAUAUCGCGCUCACGUUAAUAAUGAUGUCGAUAUGUGCCAACGUAGAUUACAAGUUAAGUGGGAAUUUUUAAGGCGAAAGUACAUGGAUUUUUUUAAACAGCGCGAUACUGAAUCAAUAUUACAAAUAGAAUCAAACAUGUCAGGAUUAACUGACACGAUAAUUGAAUUAUUUCGGUUGACUUGCUUCGACAGAAGUGUUUUAAAAAUAGGCUGUGAUGUUAUUUUGACUGUCUGUAGAUUAGUAAGACAAAAGUUCAAUGACUUUAGCGAUUUUCUUAAAGUCAAAGCACUGAAGAAUUUUUCACUUGGAUCGAGAACUUCCCUAACAAUCAACAAAUAUCUAGAAGAAUUCCCUGGUCUAGUUCAUUUCAUUUACAUCGACCGAACAACUCAUCGAAUCACUGCGCCCACUCUAGACUUUACUAAUUUAGAAACUUUGGCGUUGACUAAAAAAAAAAUAUGGGCGAUGGUUGAUCACAGCAGGAAUCAUCUCCAAGAAGGACAAUUUUCAGUCAUGUGGAAAGACACGACAUUUAAUUACGCUUACUUUUUGUGGUUUGAAGAUAGUUCUGGCUCGCCGCUUAAAUGCAAGACGUAUUUAAAUCCGCAAAAUAAAAAUUUACCAGUACCAGGAAUACUCUGCGGCGAUUACUAUAAAAAAUUAUCCCAAAUAUACUUCCCAAAAAUUUCUCCUAAUAAAAUAAGAAUGUAUGAGUUAUAUUGUGUCCAUCUAGGUCUUGCGACUUCCUCUUGUGUCUUAGAACACUCAAGAAGACUCGCAGCUACUAUAUGGGAAAUUACUGGUCUUCCUAAUAAUCCAGCUGAUAUUUUAUAAGAAUGUGAUUUUAUCUUAGUUAUUAUAUUUUAUAUUAUUUAAACAGUAUUUAUAAUAUAAACAAAUAUAUAGUCGAACUUCAUUAACUCGUACAGUCUACGGAGGAGCAGAAAUUUCGACUUAUCGAAUGUCCCUUCUUUUUUAAAGAGUAAACUACACGCAUGCGCUGAUACAUACAUAAAUGAGGCACACAUAAAUAUAUAUAUACACAUAUACAAAUGUAUAACAUCGCAUGGGAGACAGCGUAGCCCAUAGUGGGAGUCAAGAUUGAGGGGAAGUUCCGAGUUAAUGGAAUUUGACUGCAUAAAUUUGUGAUUAAUUUUGUUUUUUAAAAAUAAA